AUGGUUGGUGUUCUUCCAACUCUACACCGGAAGGAUGGUGUAAUUGCAAUGUACCAUGUAGAAGAUGAAGUUUGUGUUGAUGAUUUUAUCAAGGAGGUGACCCAAACGGUGUAUUUUAAUGAGGCUGAAAUUGAUGUGAAGUGUUUAUGUGCACUGUUCGAAAUGAGAGGGAUAUUGUGUAGACAUGCAUUAGCCAUUAUGAGAGUUAACAAAGUGAAAAAGGUAUGCUAUGACGUUAUCACAAAUGCAGCAUCAUGUGAUGAGCAUGCUAAUGAUAUGAUAGAUAAGUUACAUGCAAUGAACAUCGUCUAUCGCAUAAAGAAGUUGCCCCAACUACCCUUGGAACAUGUUGCAGAUACAACUGUCGAUGCACCUACAGCUGGGAAUUCAAAGAAAGUCCUGAGUCCCCUUGUAGUUAGAGGCAAAGGGAGAUUGCCAUGCCUCAGGAAAAAAUCAAUGACUGAGAGAGUCAAACCCACGACCAAGAAGGCUACUCAAAAGGGAAAACGUAAACAGCCACAUGGAAGAGAUAUCGACAGGGUUGACAUGUGCAGAAAUUUAUUUGGGCAAACAAUUGUUGGGACACAAGAGAGUGUUGUCUUUGAUCCUCUUCAAAACACUACCGAAGUGUUGGACUUUGGUGAAACCCAACUUGGGGAUGGCACAUAUGAAGCUCUAGAUGGGACUGAAGAUCAUGGACAUGUGCAAGGAUGA